AUGGGAGAAAGAGUUAUUCUCAGCUCACAAGGGCGACUUAGGCCUCAAUUGGUGUUGUUAGGAGCCCUCGACAGUGUUCCGAUGCGGCUGUAUGGUGUCAGUGCGUUCGUCCAUGGCGAUGAAAUGCGUAGAGAAAAUAAGAGAAGAUGGACACAUGAGUUUACAUGGUUUGGAGUCUCUCAUUUCUCAUUGUACAAUGGUAGUUCAUAUACAUUUACUGGAGGAAAAUCGGUCAUUGGAGCUCCCUGUUCUCAGUGCGCGAUAGCUUCUAUUUCUCCUUAUGUCGAACAACAAUCACUUCUGUGUGUUAAUCAGUCCCUGUUCUUGUCCGCUCUUGCUGCUGCAAUCGACUGCAAAGACCGUGAGGAAAAGGGAGAAGAAUUUCAGUUCCUUCUUCACUCUCUCUUUUUGUGUGUCCAAAUGGGUGAACCAAACCAAGGAAAGACUUCGCAAGCCAACCUUUCCAAGCAAACCGAUGGAAAACCAGGAAGUCUCAUGCUGACAUUCUCGUCUAAGAAUCCCAAGCACACCGAAUUACCCAAUGCUAAACCAAAACUAGACCUCAGUCUCGGACUCUCUUUGGGUGGAGUUCACCGUGAACACUUCAAAGAAAAGCCUGUAAUCCGGUCAUCCUCGAACGCUGGGAUGAUAACCGAGAAGGUAAACACCGGUGAACCCAACUCGGCCAUGCAGGGCGUCUUUUUAUCUUUUCAGAGAUCUUGCUCGCUGCCGGUGGAGAAUAAGCAAAGGGAGAUUAUGAUCAAGGACUUGCCGGCAAAGAAGAGAAUAGAGGCCCAGAGGAGUCUGGUGGAGAAGCAGAGGAAAGGCGGCAUGGCAGCCAUUGAGAAAGAAAAUCCUUCAGCUGAGAAGGCGGUGCCGCCGUCGCCGACGUAUGACGUGGCUGCUUGGGCAGUGGCUUCUGCGGCGAGGAGCCCUGCACUUUGCCGUGCCAUUGGAAAGAUCAAAGCCGAGGGACAAAUAUAUGGGAAGCGAAAACUCAAGGACGGACUGAAAGAUGUGGCUGCAGCAAAGGUUGAUACCAGUUCCUUGUCAUUGCCCAAUCCAAUGGAAACUAAGCCUGUGUUUAUUCCUGAAGCAACAGAAAAGGGAAAAUCAGUGAAACUUUCUAAGCGUAAGCUCAAGAAACCGUCCAAGAAGGUUAAAGUUUCUAAAGGCUGCUUUCAAGACAAUGGGAUGGAUGUGAUGAAACAGAUGCCUAGUGUGACUACCACUGGAGAUGGCCCAAACGCUCUCUCUCUCCAGCCGAAUUCGUCAAGCAUGCCGGUGGAAAGGAUGUCAAAAACCCACUGAAGCACAUCACUGUCUUCCCCAGCUUCUAGUCCUUUUAUAUAGUUACUGGCGGUGGCUUUUGUCACCCCUUUUGAAAUGUUUCCAAAUGAACAGCCUGAACUAAGUAAUAAUCUUUUAUGUGUUACUUGCC